AAAAGUAAGAAGAUAAUGUCACGGAGUGACUCGGUAGGUCGGAUUUCACAAACACCGGCACAUCCGGGUUCCCCGGGAAUCCCCAAAAUCACACGAAAUGAAUCGCAGCUGUGUAAACUACGUGGCGAGUGGUGAUUGGGCGAGUCAUGCCAGGAAGAGGGGUAUAAAGAGGAGAGUAAAGAGACAGGAAGUGUGCUGUUGUAUCGGGAGGAACACUGCGAGUGCACCCUGGGUUGAGCUACGAGUACGGAAACACGGCAUUGUCGGAGUUGCCCCGGAGACCUGUGGAGAGAGAAAGAGUCAAAAGUCAACGAAGGGUGAGCAAGGGAUUUACACAAGCGAGUUGAUAUAUCCAUUACUGUCUGUGUUUACACGAAGGUCUGGGCAAGUCACACCGGUGGAGUUGGAUACAUGGUGGAUUUCCUGGAAGAAGGAGAAACAGAAGAUAGAUUGAUUAACGAUAUACAAGUCGUGAGUAGCAUUCAACCACAAGUUUGUGAUAUAUACUUACAUAACCAAUGAAGAGUGUGAUCUGUUCAUAGCGGCCCCACCAGGUGUGCGUGACAGGUGGGCGAGCCGGAGUACGUGUACCGUGCUGACGCUGGGUGGCGAAGCUACUACAAACAGGUGCCACUCUGAACUCCACCCCCGACGGGACGUUGUCUCAUCGGUCACAGUUGGAUGCCGGUAAAAGCCCCCCCUCUCUCUGCCCAUGUCAGAUGCUGGAGGUGACGUAUGGUUCUUGUUCUUGUUGACCCCCGUUACCCCAUACACGUUUAAAUUUAUCUCACGAAGACCCAGAGAAAAACUUCUAGAAAGAAAUACUCACCUUGUAACGAGCUGAAGCUAAACCCACUCUGCACCGACUCGUAGACCCAGAGAAAAGCAUGUAGAGAGAAACCCUCACCUUGUAACGAGCUAAAGCUAAACCCACUCUGCACCGACUCGUAGAUACUUACCUUUAAUUAAGCUACAGCUAUACCUACCGCAUUUCGACACGAAAGCCCAGAGACCAACCUGUAGGAGAGAAAUACUUAUCUGGAAUCGAGCUAAAGCUAAACCUACCUUUUUCUGAUACACAGGCUCAGAGAAAACACCUGUAGGAGAGAAACACUUACUCGGUACCAAGCUACAGUCAGCUUGGCCCCACGAAGAUCCUGGAACACGGGAGUCAGGCCACACGGAAAUAAGGAGGAUUUGAACAGGUAGUCGGUCUCGCCCUUCCCUGAUACUUACAUUGUGUUUGAUUUGCCCUCAGGAGGACGGAGGCGCACCACAGGAUAACCGCAACACAGGAUGUGGGCCGUGGACGAAGGAGCUCCAUCCGGUCCUUUUCCCUGUCGUCCCCUGUCAUUGCCAGUUGGACCCCCUUUCCAUCAUCCUCUGGCCCCCCAGCACCCCCUGAGGGAGAGAAGAGUUUACAUUUUAGAUUUCCCUUCCCUAUCCCCCUUCCCUUUACAUUUUAAAUAAUUUAAAUAAAGUUUACAUUUUAUUAUACUUAUCUCUCGCUUGUUUGGUCAUUGGGGUGCUCUUGGGACCUCCUCGAGGUGGAACUUAGGGAGGAGCGUGACACACAAAGUCUGUGGUCCGCUCCGGCCUGUGACAAUAAUAUCCAAUGUUGCAUCAGAGUGGGUGGUGAAUGGGUUGAGUCAGUCUGAUCCUGACAAUGUAUAAAUGAAAGAACAGUAAGGAGAUCAGAUCAAACUCUUAACGGGAGGAGACUUUACUUAUGGCCUUUGAGACAGAAGAUCAUGAGACUCAAUACUGCUUUCCUGACAUUAACUCAUCAUGCAUCAAGACAAAACGCUCCACAUAUGAAUACAAUAUCAUGUAUGUGUUUUUUUCAUUGCUAUCAGUAUGGACUGUGUUUCUGAAUCUGCUGGUGAUCAUCUCCAUCUAUCACUUCAAGAAGCUUCACACUCCAACCAACAUGCUCGUUCUCUCUCUGGCUGUGGCCGACCUGCUUGUAGGACUUAUUGGCAUGCCCUUGGAGGCUAUUAGGUUGAUUGAAACAUGUUGGUACUUUGGAGACAUUUUCUGUAGACUGUUUUUAAUAAUUAUGGGAUUGCUUUUCUCUACAUCUCUGAGUAAUUUAGUUUUAAUAGCUGUUGACCGUUAUGUGGCUGUGUGUCACCCUCUGCUGUACCCACAGAAAAUAACAAUGACUAGAACAAUAACUAUUAUCUGUGUUUCCUGGUUCUGGUCUUCUGCUUAUAAUAUUUCAGUUGUUAUAACUACCUCACAAAGAAAAUACUCAUGUUAUGGAGAAUGUACAAUUAUGACUACAUUCGCCUGGACAAUCAUUGACAUGUUCCUGUCAUUCAUGUUUCCUUGUACCGUCAUUAUAACUUUUUAUUUGAGAAUCUUCUAUGUCGCACAUCAUCAAGUGAAAGUUAUAAACUCUCUGAUGAGGAGUGGAAAACAUCUAACAGAAGGUUCAGUGAGGAGGAAAUCUGAGAGCAAAGCCGCUCUGACAUUAGGAAUCAUUGUAAUGGUUUAUCUGUUUUGCUGGAUUCCCUAUUAUAGUUUAUCUCUAACACAAAACACAAGACUGACUUCUGCUAUAGCCUAUUUUAUAUUAUGGAUGGUGUAUAUUAAUUCAGCUCUGAAUCCUCUCAUCUAUGCUAUAUUUUACCCCUGGUUUAGAACAUCAGUUAAACACAUCCUAAAUCUAUCCAAAAUAUUUAAACCAUAA